UUUAGCUUAUAUCUACAUUUAUAUACAUUUCUGAUUCAGUCUAGCUUUCAAACUCUGUCGUUUAUAAGUGACCUACCUAUUUGCAUGCAAAACAUUUCUUGUUUUUCAUACUGUAUAUAGCUAUUUUUGUGGUCAUUGGUUUCUAAUGCAAAUCUUACUGUAGGAGCAUUGUCAUUGUUUGCGCAGUUUUCUGCCUAUAUUCAUCCACAAGCCUGCUUUCAACAUCUUGUGCAUAAUAUAGACCAGUAUCAAGUCUUGAACAAGUGUUUUAUAGCUGUUUGGGAGAUCACUGGGUAGGAGUGUUGCUACAGGAAAGACUUAUUUUUUCUCUUGUAGCUCGCAGGCUUUCCAUCAUUUCAAAGGUACACCUUUUAUAACCCUGCAUGUGCUGGCAUUUUAUUAAGUCACUGGUAUAACUUCUAAUUAAAGCUGUUAAUUAAUGUGUCUGUUCCCAUGCUGCAAGGAUUAACUGCUCAUUUAUGUCUUCGGGAUCCAGUAAAGCAGUUUUAUAACCCUAAUUUUCUGCUCAUGCAGGCUCCUCCAUGUAGCUUGUCUGCUCCCUGCAGCCUCUUCUUCCCUGCAAUCCGGCAGUUGGAUUCUUCUGAUUUCAUCAAGACCGGUGAAGAAACCAUAGCCCUGCACAAAACUUGAAGACGGCAAGAAAGAGUCUACUGCCUGAGCAAAAUAAUUGCUAUUUGCCAGGGGAGAAAGGGAUCAUAACCCCCAAUGGAAAAAAUCUUGGGAGAACAUGGGAAACAUAAACAUUUGGAAGAUGAUCUUAUUUUUUAAAUUAUUAAUCAUUAUAAGUAUUAGCUUCUGGUACAAUUUUGAAAGACGUAUAACAUGUGCAAGCACAAAACAAUCCCUUGAUACAAUGAAUUUGAAAAAUAGGACGCCAUCCAUCAAUGACUGUGCCUUUGAACCCACUGGUAUGUGGACUGUGGAACCUUCAGGGCGUUUGGGAAACCUCAUAGGGCAAUAUGCAACGCUUUAUGCAUUUGCAAAACGUCAUGGACAUCAAGCUUAUAUUUUACCCAACAUGCAUUCAGCACUGUCUAAGAUAUUUAAGAUAAAGCUGCCAGUUAUUAAUCAGGAAGUUGCAAACCGCAUACCAUGGAAGAACUUCGGAAUAUACAAAAGCUGGAUGGCUGAAGAAUAUUAUAACAUCCCUGGAGAGUUUGUUAAACUUUCUGGCUAUCCAUGUUCAUGGACCUUCUAUCAUCAUCUCAGAGAAGAAAUUCUUAAGGAAUUUACUUUCCAUGACUUUAUUAGAGAAGAAAGCAAUGCCUAUCUUGCUGAUAUACGGGGGAACAAAACUAACACUACCUUCAUUGGCAUACAUGUCCGUAGAGGGGACUAUGUUGAUAUUAUGCGGAAUAGUAAGAAAGGUGUACUAGCUGACAAAGAGUACCUGCAAAAGGCAAUGGGGUAUUUUAGAAAAAAAUAUAAAAACCCAUUGUUUGUGGUUACCAGCAAUGGGAUAGAUUGGUGCAAAUCGAAUAUUAAUAAUUCCUUGGGAGAUGUUUACUUUCUUGGGGAUGGCAACGAGGGAUCGCCUGCCCGUGAUUUUGCUCUCUUGGUCCACUGCAACCACACAAUUAUGACCAUAGGUACAUUUGGCUUGUUCGCUGCCUAUUUGACCGGAGGUGAAACCAUCUAUCUUACAAAUUAUACUUUGCCUGAUUUCCGCCGUGUCACAGAUUUUAAAUAUGAGACUAUUUAUCUUCCUGAAUGGAUAGGGAUUCCUGCUGAUCUUGCUCCACUUUUAAAAAAGGAUUGAUAUCUCACUGAAAGAAGUAGUAGUAUUAAUCACUUCAGCCCCGGACCAUUUGUCAGCUUAAAGCG